AAUGAUCAUCGGGUACACGAUCCGUGGGCUCGGACCGAGCCUGUCUUCUUAAAUCGAGCAGGAACUUCACUCAAAUGAUUUUCCCCCCUCUUUUAAAUCCACAAUCUACACACCUGAUCGAAUAUGUCGAACACCCAGCUAGAGAACCCGGCAUUAUACGAUCCCCGUAAGGUGCUUGAUCACCCAGACUUUCGUGUCUUGACCUCUGGAGAGAAGCCAUCAAAGGAGUCCAACAUUGCAGCAUUCUAUAAUCCUGCGCAUGAAAUCCAUUUGGUUGAGAAACCCAAGCCUAAACCCGGUCCAGGACAGGUACUCAUCCAUGUCCGUGCUACCGGCAUCUGUGGGAGUGAUGUCCAUUUUUGGAAGCAUGGACGAAUUGGUGACUCGAUGAUCGUAACGGAUGAAUGUGGCUCUGGUCAUGAAUCUGCUGGAGAAAUCAUUGAAGUAGGCGAAGGAGUUACUGAAUGGAAGGCAGGCGAUCGAGUAGCUAUGGAAGUCGGCGUUCCUUGCUCUCAACCCUCUUGUAAUGCAUGCAGAACGGGCCGUUAUAAUGGAUGCCCAGAUGUGGUGUUCUUCUCCACCCCUCCGUAUCAUGGAACGUUGACCCGGUGGCACGUUCACCCUGCGAAGUGGCUACAUCGUCUCCCAGACAAUGUUUCUUUUGAGGAGGGCUCCUUGUGCGAACCUCUUGCUGUAGCGUUAGCGGGUAUCGAUCGUGCUGGACUUCGUCUCGGGGACCCUGUUGUCAUAUGUGGUGCUGGCCCUAUCGGCUUGGUAUCCCUUCUCAGCGCCAGAGCUGCAGGCGCAGAACCCAUCGUCAUCACUGAUCUUUUCCAAAGCCGCUUGGAUUUCGCCAAGUCUUUAGUUCCUGGAGUACGCACUGUGCUCAUUGAUAGAAAUGCGACUCCGAAAGAUCAAGCCGAAUUGAUCAAGAAGGCUGCGGGUGGUCCUCUACAACUCGCUCUCGAAUGCACGGGUGUCGAGAGCAGCAUACAUACCGCCAUAUUUGUGAGUAAUCAACUUGACUACCCGUUAAUAAUAACCGAUUUAAAACAUUCCCAGUCUGUUGGCUUUGGUGCUAAAGUCUUCAUUAUAGGUGUUGGAAAGAACGAGCAAUUGUUCCCCUUUAUGCACCUCAGUGCUAACGAAAUCGACAUUCAAUUCCAAUAUCGAUAUGCCAAUCAGUACCCGAAAGCAAUCCGUUUGAUUGCAGGUGGCCUGAUUAACGUCAAGCCUCUAGUCACUCAUCGCUUCGCUUUAGAAGAAGCAGUCGCAGCAUUCCACGUUGCCGCCGAUCCUGCGCAAGGCGCUAUCAAAGUGCAGAUCCAGGAUUAACCCCACUCUUCUGCUCACGUUGAUGGUAUAUAGGUGGUAAUACAACAUGAAAUACAGUACGCCCUAGAUACAGUAAAAAUUAAGCACAAUUAACGGAAAGCGUAAACAACGAGAGCCAACAAAGAACAAAGUAAAAAUCAUAGGGUUGUCAUUAUCAGUAUAUUCUUAACCAUCGGAACUGGGAGUCCCAGCCUUCUUUGAUGUCCUUGACUUCCUUUUUGCCUUAGCCUGCAU